ACAGAGGAGAAAUCGCACCGAGUGAAAAGACAGGGAGCGAAAGUGCAGGGAGAAAUCAUGGCGAAAAGAUUGCUACUCCCCAAGAGUACUCUGCCAUUUAAUGGACUGCGAGCUGCAUUGUUAUUUAUUGUCAUGCAUGGAUUAAUCUGUGUGAGCAGUAACCAGGUGGUGGUCCCUGAAAAGGUGAGUGCGGUACUGGGGAAGAACAUCACCCUGGGCUGCCGGAUAGAGGUGGGCUCCAACCUCAGCCUGACCCAGAGCUCCUGGGAGCGCCGCCUGCCCUCUGGCACCAUCACCCUGGCGGUGUUUAACCCCGAGUUCGGCAUCUCCAUCUCUCCAGAGUACGCCCGCCGCGUCUCCUUCCUGUCCCCCUCCAUCCAGGACGCCACGAUUGUCCUGGAGGGGGUGGGCUUCGCAGACGUCGGCUCGUACACCUGUAAAGUGGCCACCUUCCCUCUGGGCAACACACAAGCAUCAACCACCGUCAACAUAUUAGUGGAGCCCAAGGUGUACGUGUCAGCCGGCUCUGCCCCCCUGCUGGACGGGGGGAACCACACGGUGGUGGCCACCUGCAUCGCGGAGCGCGGCCGCCCCGCCGCCGAGGUCCUCUGGGAAACGGGGCUGCACGGCAGCCUGGAGACGCGCUCCCAGGACGAGCCCAACGGCACCACCACCACCCAGGUGGGCUACAUCUGGAGGCCCAGCAGUGCGGACCAGGGCCAGACCCUCACCUGCGUGGUGCGCCACCCGGCCCUGCAGACAGAUUUCCGCAUCCCCUACACGCUCAACGUGCAGUUCGCUCCAGAGGUGUCUGUGGAGGGGAGGGACAGGAGCUGGUUCGUGGGCCAGGCUGACGUGACGCUGGACUGCUCUGCCAGAGCUAACCCUCCAGCCCACCACUUCUCCUGGACUAGGAUGGAUGCCCCCAUGCCUGACGGUGUGGCUGUGGCAAACAGCACCUUCAGCUUCACCCGUCCCCUGGAGAGGAAUGACUCCGGCGUGUACCGCUGCGAGGUGAUGAACGACAUCGGGCUCGGGAGUCAAGACGUUCACUUCUGGGUACAGGACCCUCCGCCAACGACAGCCGCCCCCCUCACCUCGGCCUCCACCGUCAUGGAGACCCGUGAAACCAGCACGGCCCCCGACAGGCACAGCUCCCUCUUCACCUCGCCCACGCUGGCGUCCCUGCCCGACAGCAGCCUGGGCACAAUAGUGGGCGGAGCGGUGGGCGGGGUCCUCUUCCUGGUGCUGCUGCUGAUUCUGGGCGGAGCCUGCUUCAUGCGCCAGAGGAGGACCUUCAGAGGGGACUACUACACCAAGCAGUACCUGGGCCCGUCCGACAUGCAGAAGGAGUCCCAGCUGGACGUGCUCCAGCCCCACGAGCUGCAGGAGGUGUCCGGGGACGGCUCGGGCAAGGGCAGUCAGGACCUGAAACCCAAGCCCGGGGGAGAACUCAUUUACCCCGACUACACCGACGACCGCAAGGACACGGAGGACUGGGGCAACGGGCCAAGAGCCCUCAGGGAGGGGGGGUACUAUCCUGAGUAUCACAACAACACCAACAACAUGCACCACGGUGGGCUUCCUGUUCACAGCCCCCCGGUAUCCAACGGCUCCCCCUACAUCCCGGAGGACUGCUAUGACAACGGCACAGACGGCGACUAUGUGUCCCAUAUGGACGGAUCUGUGAUCUCUCGCAGGGAGUGGUACGUCUGAGAGGAGGAGCAGGGAAAACAGAGACACAGACUGUAACGGCUGAGACAUCAGAACACGUUCAUCAUGCUCAAUUAAAGGACUGUUGUGGACAGUGGGGAGAGUUCCAGCCUCUGCUUGUAUCGGCCCGUUUGGGAGUCAUCUCUGCUUUGAUUGUAACCUCUGAUCUUAAAGACUCGUAGGACGUGUUACAAAGAGUGUUGCAAUUUUUUUUCUAUAAACAUGAUCAGUGUUCUUGAAAUUGCCUUUGCUUCACGUUGGAGGAUCUCCAGUGUAUGAGUUUGAAGGGAUGUUAUGGUUUCAUGGAGUGUCUUGUCUGUAAACACCUUUCUUACAUCAUGGCUCCAGCUCUACAGCCCUCAUUUGGAAAACACUGUAUCCCUUUAACCAGGUGGCCAAUAUGUUGUGUCAUUUUCCACCCCUCUAAUAAUCCAUGGUAUUUUGUAAAUACACACUUAAUUGCUUGCAUGCCAUCAAAUUACUUUUUCCACAAAGGACAGGCUACAUUCUGAUUGCUUUCUCUAAGAGCAUCUGAAUCAAAUUACGCUGAAACAAAUUUUCGAACUGACAUUCAGAAAGGGAAAUGAAGCAAAAUGAUUAUACUAAAGGGAGAUAUCUGUCAAUACCACUGCCACGUGAAGUCAAUUCGCACGAGUCUGUCAGUGAUCCUAAGCUGUAGGUCUACUGAGUUCAAAUGUAUUGAGCUAAAUUAUUCUCCAGCUUUCUGAAUCCCAUGUAUAACUACUUCUAAAGUAUCCGUGGGAUACGUUUGUUUUUAUUAGCCACGAAGAACAAGUUUAUUGCCGGCCAUGAUGGAUAAUGGUUCCUUUGGGUGGUUAUGUAGCUGAAGAUACCAUGAGACAAUGUGGUUGUGGUUGACAACCACAUUGGUUGACUUGUGACAUCAACCACCUGUCCUUUGUUUGACCUGGCACUUCCUGCUCUGUCUAGUCACCCUUGCCCCUGGACCGUUACUGUACCUGAGGAGCGGGUGAAGGAUCAAAGAGGCCUGGGCUAAAGCUAAUCCAUGAAACCUGAUCCCUGCUCCCAGUCAGUGAAGAGCCUAUAACCCCACGCUGGCUGGGGGAGGGGGGGGGGGGCUGGAUCUCCCUGUGGUAGAUCAAGAUGGUGGCUACAGCCUGAGGUUUCUUUGUAUCUGAUAGGAGGGGGGGGGGCCACACUCCUUUUAUUUCAUACGGUUUCCCUCUCAGCUAUGACACUCCCAGCUAUUUGGUAGAGGCUUCAGAUGUCUUAGAAUAAACCACUUUCAUAUCACACACGGACACACACACGCCACAUCUGCAGGCUAGGUCACUCCAACCCACACUCAAAGCACAGGCCUCACCUCAAAGCUGAAGCUUUUUAAUUAACUUGAUUUUGCUGGAUGGACUUGGCGUGUGUUUAACCUCAGUGAUAUGUUGAGCGUCUGUGUCUGCAUGCACACGCAUGUUUCUUAUUUGGUGGAUUCAUAGCUGUCAGACUAGUCCUGUCACAACAAAGAUACCCCGUGAAAACGGCUUUUCUUAGCUACUGUUAAAAACACUGGCACAAAGAGGCCAAAUGUUGUCCAGGGAUAAUAUAUGAUAGUUUUUCUCUGACUACUGCUCUGUCUUAGUCAUACUUCCUGUUUUAAGUGGCUGGUCUUUGGCAUUUGGCUUGAUUUGGAGCGGAGGUGAUGGGAUGCUUCUGACUGUUUUGUGUUGUCAUCUGUCCCCUGUUUGAGUUAUUCUCAUGUCUUCUCUCUGGAAGCAUCCGUAGUCUGUUUUUGUACAUUAUGUUAAGUUUACUGUGAUGGCAGACUGUCAGCUUACAUUCUCAUGGUUUAAGCCCCGGGGAUGCCUUAGAUGGGCUCAUCAGCUGAUUCAGACUCGUACAUGUGGAAGGUUGUGGCUUUCAUCACUGUUGACAAGACUGACUGCUCCUCCUGAUGUCUUCCUUUUGGAUGUUUACUAUUAGUUCUUGGUUUUCAACCAGUGCAGUUGACUGAAGGUAAAUGUUUAUGCCUUAAACCAGUGAAGACUCCUGUAGCAACUCAGUUACAAAGUAUGUACCGAAAAAGUGUAAUUAUUAAUAUUUCACUGGAAAUUUAGAUAAAAAUUGCAAAGCAGGCAAGAGCCAUAGAAAAUAUUACUGUUCUGUAAAUAUUCUGGUUGCUUCUUUUUGUAUUAUUAUUGUUUAUUAAAAAAAACAUAUUUUUUGUAUAAGGUUUUGUGCCCAUAACGGGUACAGAGCAUUAGUUGAUGAAAAGCAUUAAAGAGCACCUGCCUGAUGAGAGCUUGAAGUUGUUCUCUUCAGCUGCAUAUUUUGAGUUCUCGAGGUUUAUUUUAUACAUUGCCAUUUUGCAAAUGAUCGAUUGCUCAUGAAUGACUUUGGAAAGAAUAGAGACAGAUUUCCGUUUGUCUUGGUUUGUAAUAAAACAGCAUCAUUUACU